CAGUCGUACAGAACAGUUCAAUUAUAUUUUCGUGUUUUAAGAUCCUGUCAACGCCAAUGAUUGCAUAGAAUCUCUUGUGAGGAAGAAGCCGUCUUCCAUUCGGUAAUCGAAGUCUGGCAGCGACUACCCAAGUCGAGUGCUCGGACAAUGACGACUGCUCUGGGAAGAAGGCCUGCCUGGACGCGAAGUGCAUCGAUCCCUGUUCCCUGCCCAAUGCCUGUGGAGCUCAGGGUUGCUGCUCGGUGCAGAACCCUAUUGGAAUCUGCUCCUGCGCGGCGGGCAGUACCGGAGAUGCCAGGUUGGGAUGCGUGCAGCUGCAGUACUGCCAGCAGGAUGAACAGUGUGCCCAGGGAAGCAUCUGCUCCCAUAGCAUCUGGAGUGCCCUGUUCCUGUGCCUGCCAGGGAACCUGCAAGUCGAACUCCACCUGCCCCAGUUCCACUUCUUUUCGAAUAACAUUUGUACCAAGGAACUGGAGUGCCAAUCGGAGGACUAGUGUGACGAGGAUGAAAGCUGUCAGUGAUGUCUACGGACGUGCCAAGUGGGAGUCCGUGUGCCUGGGCAGCGCCGCAUGUGUCUGGAAUGCCGAGAGUGUGGUCCGAUCUCCUAUGCCUCUGCAAGAAGGGAUUCUUCGGAGAAGCCAAGUACGAGUGCAGCAGCGACGACGAUGACUGUUCAAAUGACCAUAGCUGUGACAACCAUAUGUGGAAGAUCGCCUGCCCUCUGCACCAGCAGCAGUACCAUUUCAUCGACAAACUGACGAAGCAGCCAUCUUCCACUGUCUCAACCAAGUCGGCAUCCGGGCCCACAACUUUCCCGUAGUGCUUGUUCAUCGACACCACCUCGACGAUUGUUGUGCAAUUCGGACGAGUCCCUAUUAACGAGCAUUCCUCGUCCUUCGAUUUUCUAUCCCGGAAUCGUUGAGCGAGUGGAAAAGGGGUUUUCCAGAGGGAAAGGUCUUUUCCCACUGGCACAACGAAUCCGGCAUAGACCAUCCAAGGACGAGGAAUCCCCGUUAAUAGGGAUUCGUUUGAACUGCGAACUAUCGAAGUGGUGCCGGUGUCCAAGCAGUACCAGGAAGCUGUGGGCCCGUAUACCGACUUGGUUGAGCUAGUGGCAGGAGGUUGCUUCGUCAAUAGAGUUGCGAUCAUGGCCUGAGCCCGGCAUUUAUCCGCAGACACUCUUGGAACAUCGAGGAGGGGUUCCCAAUCUUCGGAACAGAUGCAGAAACCAUAAUAAACA